AUGAUGCUACGCGCUGCUGCGUUGCUCCUGCUUGCGGGCAAUGUUGUCGCAGAGCGCAAUGACGCGGAUUUGAUGUCUUUUGUGACGCUUCCGGAAGUCCGAGCUUUAAAAUGGGAUAUUAAACACUACGACCGCGAACGAUUAGCCCCCGGGUAUUGGUUCGUUGCGCCUUAUGGGAAGAUCGCACCAGAUGAACCCACUCUCAAAUACCAGCAAUAUCAAGUCGGACCUUACAUCUACGACGAUAAUGGCGUUCUUAUCUGGGCCGGAGCUCCCUUGUACGACAAUCACAAUGUCUUUGAUUUCAAACCAGUGCACAACAUCGACGAGAAUCCGUACUUAUCGUUUAUUGUAGGAUGGGAAUACGACGAGUCAAAGAAGGGCCAUGGCGCAAUUGUGAACAACCGUUACGAGGUGAAGAAAGAAGUCCAGGCGACCAGUGAUGUCCAUGAUUUCAACAUGCACGAAUUCAAUAUCAUGGACGGGGGAAAAACUGUCCUGGCAUGCACCUACCGUGCCCAGCGCAUUAACAUGACUGAUUUCGGACGCUCAAAGGAAGAGAGUUGGAUCACAGUUGGUGGGUUCGUCGAAUUGGAUAUCGAGACCAACGAGGUUCUGGUCCAGUGGGAUACUUUUGACAAGAUUGCUUUGCACGAGUCCAACAUGUUCCAUGCUUGGGAUCGUCCAGCCAUCGACUCGCCCGGUUGGGACUACGUGCAUAUCAAUUCGGUUGACAAGAAUGAGGCUGGUGAUUACCUGAUCUCGUUGCGAUUCACUAACACCAUCUACCUGAUUUCCGGUCUGGAUGGAAACAUCGUGUGGCGCUUGGGUGGAUUGGAGAGCGAUUUUCAACAAAAUUUCACUUUCUCCAAGCAACACGAUGUCAAGUUCGUCUCGUCUAAUGGCACCCAUCAUGUUAUUUCGAUGCUGAACAACGCAUCCGAUGAACGUGGCAGUGAUGAAAAGACUUCUUCCGCCUUAAUUGUCGAGCUGGACACAGGUGUCGACCCUAUGACCGCCAAGGUUAUCCAGCGGAUUAACCGCCCUGAUAGCAUGCUCACCAAGCUUCGUGGAAACGCCCGUGUUCUUCCUAACGGCAACGUCUUUGUCGGAUGGAGCGAGUUUGGCUACUCAAGCGAACACGCACCGAACGGAGAUCUUCUCAUGACUGCCCGAUUUGCCUCGGAGCGAUGGUCGACCUACCGCUCCUACAAGGGCGAGUUCACUGGUCGUCCGGCUGCGCCCCCAGACCUGGUCGCAUCCGUCUACGGUACAAAGGAUGAUGAUAUGACGACCGUCAUCCACGUCAGCUGGAAUGGCGCAACCGAUGUUGUCCAGUGGAAGUUCUAUGCGCAGGCGUAUGACAAUGGCCAGUCCGUCCUCAUUGGCACCACUAACAAAACCGACUUCGAGACCAUGUUCAUCGCCGACGGUUUCAUGGAUUUCGUUUCUGCUGAGGCUAUUGACGCCGACGGCAAUGUUAUGCAUACUUCUGAGAUUACGCGCACAGCCUCCCCAUCUGACUGGAAAGCCGCCGGCUGGGCCGGCUCUGACUCCGGUCCCAACCCCGACGAUCCCUCCAUCAUAGUUGCGGCCAACGAAAACACGGGGUCAAGUUCGUCUCAGAGCGGCAACGUUGCCAACGGCGAUAAAGCAACUAAUUUGGCCAACAGCACUUCCUCUGGCUCGGGCGACCACUCGAGCGCCCAGUAUGCCGAUGCAAAGGAAGUCGCCCAGGCCGUUUACAAGGCCUACGAGGUCAUGCGCGGGAUUGGCGGUUUCCUUGUCUUCCUGCUGGUCGGGCUCACCCUAGGUGGUGCUGGAUAUGGCCUCUGGAAGGUCAUCCGCGCUCGGCGCAUCAGUCGCUACCAGCAUGUUCCCUCCGAGGAGGGCGUCCCCGUGGAAGAGAUCCAUCUGGCCUCCACUCCGCGCCCCUGA